AACAUGGCGGCGACUGGCACGGGCCGGUGAGGCGGUACCGGGCGGGGGCUGGCGGGUGUCAUGGGCGGUGGCGGCGGCACCGCCCCCGCGUCUCCCUGAACGGGACCGUGCUAGGGCCUCUGCGCCGCGCCGGGCGAUGGACGGGAGCUCGGAGCUGGGCCUCAUGGAGACCAUGGAGACGCUGACGGAGCUGGGCGACGAGCUGACCCUGGGGGACAUCGACGAGAUGCUGCAGUUUGUCAGCAAUCAAGUGGGAGAGUUCCCCGACUUGUUUUCAGAGCAGCUGUGUAGCUCCUUUCCUGGUGGUGGUGGUGGCGGCGGCGGCGGUGGCGGUGGUGGCGGCGGCAGCAGUGGCAGUACUGGCAGCACCGGCACCAGCAGCACCAGCAGGAGCACCAAUGGCGGAGCUGGGGACCCCUCCAUACAGCGGUCCUUCAGCCAGGUUCCGUUGCCUUCCUUCUCUCCCUCAGUCGCUUCCCCCCAGGCUCCCGCCCUGCAGGUCAAGAUCCCUUCUACCACAGUUCCCACCCCACCACGAGCAACACCCGUGCUCCAGCCCCGGCCCCAGCCCCAGCCUCCGGCUCAGCUGCAGCAGCAGACAGUGAUGAUCGCCCCAACGUUUAGCACUGCUCCGCAGACCAGGAUCAUCCAGCAGCCUCUGAUCUACCAGAACGCGGCCACCAGCUUCCAAGUCCUUCAGCCUCAAGUGCAAAGCCUGGUGACGUCCUCCCAGGUACAGCCGGUCACCAUCCAGCAGCAGGUGCAGACCAUACAGGCCCAGCGGGUGCUGACGCAGACGGCCAACGGGACGCUGCAGACCCUCGCCCCAGCCACUGUGCAGACCGUCGCUGCGCCCCAGGUGCAGCAGGUGCCGGUCCUAGUCCAGCCUCAGAUCAUCAAGACAGAUUCCCUUGUUUUGACCACACUGAAGACAGAUGGCAGCCCUGUGAUGGCGACCGUCCAGAACCCAGCCCUCACCGCCCUCACCACCCCCAUCCAGACAGCCGCCCUCCAAGUACCGACGUUGGUGGGCAGCAAUGGGACCAUUCUGACCACAAUGCCUGUGAUGAUGGGACAAGAGAAAGUGCCCAUUAAACAGGUACCUGGGGGUGUCAAGCAGCUAGAGCCCCCGAAAGAAGGAGAAAGGCGGACCACACACAAUAUCAUCGAGAAGCGGUACCGUUCCUCCAUCAAUGACAAAAUCAUCGAGUUGAAGGAUCUGGUCAUGGGCACAGAUGCUAAGAUGCACAAGUCUGGUGUUCUGAGGAAGGCCAUUGAUUACAUCAAAUACCUGCAGCAGGUCAAUCACAAACUUCGUCAAGAGAAUAUGGUGCUGAAACUGGCAAAUCAGAAAAACAAGUUCUUGAAGGGCAUUGACCUAGGCAGUCUGGUGGACAACGAUGUGGACCUAAAGAUUGACGACUUUAAUCAGAAUGUCCUGCUGAUGUCUCCCCCGGCCUCCGACUCGGGGUCCCAGGCCGGCUUCUCUCCCUACUCCAUUGAUUCGGAGCCAGGAAGUCCUCUGUUGGACGAUGCAAAGGUCAAAGAUGAACCAGACUCUCCUCCAGCAGCCCUGGGCAUGGUGGAUCGCUCUCGGAUUCUGCUGUGUGUCCUCACGUUCCUGGGUCUCUCCUUUAAUCCACUGACUUCCCUGCUGCAGUGGGGAGGGGCCCACGACGCUGACCAGCACCCAUACUCGGGCUCCGGCCGCAGCAUGCUCUCAUUGGAGUCAGGUUCUGGAGGCUGGUUUGAUUGGAUGGUGCCAACUCUCCUGCUGUGGCUGGUAAACGGUGUGAUUGUCCUGAGCGUCCUGGUGAAGCUCCUGGUCCACGGGGAGCCCGUGACCCGGCCACACUCCCGCUCCUCUGUCACCUUUUGGAGGCACCGGAAGCAGGCAGACCUGGACCUUGCCAGGGGAGAUUUUGCAGCAGCUGCUGCCAACCUACAAACCUGCCUGUCUGUUUUGGGCCGGGCACUGCCCACCUCCCGCCUGGACCUGGCCUGCAGCCUCUCCUGGAACAUGAUCCGCUACAGCCUGCAGAAGUUGCGGCUGGUGCGCUGGCUGCUCAAGAAGGUCUUCCAGCGCUGGCGGGCUACAGCAGCCAAUGCGGCCGGCUUUGAGGACGAAGCCAAGAGCAGUGCUCGGGAUGCAGCCCUGGCCUAUCACAGGCUGCACCAGCUGCACAUCACAGGGAAGCUUCCGGCGGGAUCUGCCUGCUCCGAUGUGCACAUGGCCCUGUGCGCCGUGAACCUGGCUGAGUGUGCUGAGGAGAAGAUCCCACCCAGCACUCUGGUUGAGAUCCACCUGACGGCGGCCAUGGGGCUGAAGACCCGCUGCGGAGGCAAGCUGGGCUUCCUGGCCAGCUACUUCCUCAGUCGCGCCCAGAGCCUGUGUGGCCCUGAGCAUAGCACGGUACCCGACUCCCUGCGCUGGCUCUGCCACCCCCUGGGCCAGAAGUUCUUCAUGGAGCGAAGCUGGUCCGUGAAGUCGGCAGCCAAGGAGAGUCUCUACUGUGCCCAAAGGAACCCAGCUGACCCCAUCGCCCAGGUCCACCAAGCUUUCUGUAAGAACCUGCUGGAGAGAGCUGUGGAGUCCUUGGUGAAACCUCAGGCCAAGAAGAAGGCCGGAGAUCAGGAAGAAGAGAGCUGUGAAUUCUCCAGUGCUCUGGAGUACCUGAAGUUACUUCACUCCUUCGUGGACUCUGUGGGGUUUGUGACCCCCCCCUUUUCCAGCAGCGCUGUGUUCAAGUCCGCCCUGGGCCCCGAUGUCGUGUGUCGCUGGUGGGCCUCCGCCAUCACCAUGGCCAUCAGCUGGAUCCAGGGAGACGACGCUGCCGUGCGCUCUCAGUUCGCCAACGUGGAGCACGUCCCCCCGGCCCUGGAAGUGACUGAGAGCCCCCUGGUGAAGGCGAUCUUCCAUACCUGCAGAGCCAUGCACGCCUCGGUGUCCGGGAAAGCAGACGGGCAACAGAACUCCUUCUGUCAUUGUGAAAGGGCCAGCGGCCACCUGUGGAACAGCCUCAACGUCAGCGGGGCUGCCUCCGACCCUACCCUCAACCACGUGAUCCAGCUCCUUGCCUGUGACCUACUGCUGUCUCUGCGGACCACACUCUGGCAGAAGCAGACGGGUGCCAGCCAGGCCCUCGGGGAGACUUACCACGCCUCGGGCGCCGAGCUGGCCGGCUUCCAGCGGGACCUCGGCAGCUUGCGCAGGCUAGCCCACGGCUUCCGCCCGGCAUACCGCAAGGUGUUCCUGCACGAAGCCACUGUGCGAUUGAUGGCAGGAGCCAGCCCCACCCGCACCCACCAGCUGCUGGAGCACAGCCUGCGGCGGCGGACCGCCCAGAACACCAAGCCAGGAGAGGCGGACGCCUGGCCCGGGCAGCGCGAGCGGGCCACGGCCAUCCUGCUGGCCUGCCGACACCUGCCUCUCUCCUUCCUCUCGUCCCCGGGCCAGCGGGCGGUGCUGCUGGCCGAGGCCGCCCGCACGCUGGAGAAGGUGGGCGACCGGCGCUCCUCCAGUGACUGCCAGCAGAUGAUCGUCAAGCUGGGCGGCGGCACUGCCAUCGCCGCCUCCUGACCGCCCCGCGCCCCUCCGCUCCAUCCGCGUCCCAGGGCCCCGCCUCUGUCUCCGCUGGAGCGCCGCGGGGUGCGGAUGUGGGGGGGGGGGCCGCCGGGCGGGCCCUGUAGACAUCGCGUCAGUAGAUGCCCGUGGUCCCGGCCCCGUGUGCCCAGAGGAUAGACGGGGGCGGGAAUGGGGGGUGGACCGGCUCCCCCCGCUAGUCCUCCAGAGACUUCUCCUCCGCGCCCCCCCUUUUUACCAGGCUCUCACUGUGGGGGCCUCUCCGGGCUCAGGACCUGCCUGGCAUGCCCCUUCCCCUUUUUAUACGAACGUUUUUUAUACCCGUGUGCUUGCGUCUGCCGUGAUGCAGGACGAAGUUGCCGUGGCAUCCUGUUUUCUCUCGUGGGUCUGCAUCCUCCCCGGUGCCUGACAGCCCCUCCAUUGUUUUCUCAUCAUUCCCAGAUCAGCCCGGGAAGGAGGGGAGCCCGGCCCCCCGGAGGUGGGCGGGAGGCAGGGGCAGGCCUAGGAGUGGUUGAAAUAAUGUUGGCAUUAUUUUUUAAUUUUUUAAAAAAUAAAUGGUAUCUUAUUUAA